AUGUUUCUUGGAAUUUUGCCUGUCAAUCGCUUUAUUUUCCAUGAAGAUACAAGCUCUUCAGAUACUCUGGUUAAAGACAUCACUGACUCCCUUCCCGUCGCUGCGAUCGGUCUUCCUUCUCCUUGCUGCGGUCGGUCUUCCUUCUCCUCGCCGCCGUCGCCACUGCUUCUUCCACCCUCGCCGGCGUCAGACCUUCUUUAUCCUUGUGAACAUCCUUUUCUUCCUUCCCGUCGCUGGCAUCCUGAACUUGUUUGGAAGCCUUAUCAACAACUACGUGACUCAGUUAAGUUGUAUGUUGUCAAGCAAAGCAACAAAUCUUGUGAGCCUCUAAGCCCGCCUCAGCAGGUACGUACUGCUCCUAUAGUUGUAUACACUUCCAGGAAAGGCUCAUCUGCAGCUGGGCUUACUGCUUCUGUCAUUUGUGAUAACAACACUGUAACUUUCUUAUCUUUUUACUUUUUUUUAUACAAAUAUUCUACAACACCCUUCCAUAUUAGGGCUGCCAUACAUGAAGCCAUGGAACAAAAAACAAUAUCCAUAACCAAAGCAGGAAUAACAACAAUUCUGAAUUCCAGGACUUCUGUAUUAGCUGCAACAAACCCUCCAUCAGGUUGUUAUGAUGAUCUCAAAACUGCACAAGAUAACAUUGACUUACAUACUACAAUUCUUUCAAGAUUUGACCUCAUCUUCAUUGUCGAAGAUAUAAACAUGUUCAGCCAAGACAAGAUGGUAGAGGACUUGUACAAAUUCUUCUUGUUGUUGGAGCUGAAGCUACUGCUCAAGACACGCAACAUGGAGAUUAUUCCUUAUGCUGGAGUUGAUGUGAACAUAAGGAAUUUGCAAAAAACCAUUCCUUUGCAUGUGGCAGUGGCAAGAGGAUCAAAAUCAUGUGUUGGAAUGCUUCUUUCUGCAGGUGGUCUGGUAGAAAAAGGCCUUCCCUUUCCUUUGCUGAGUAUUUCCUCAGUAGUUUCCUGCUUAGCAUCGCCCUCUCCAAAUCCAUUACCCUUGUGA